GACUGCAAGCAGCCGCGGCGCUCCCGGCCCGCCCUCUUCCGCUGCCGCCGUGGGAAUGGAAACAUCUGCCCCACGUGCCGGAAGCCAAGUGGUGGCGACAACUGCGUGCCACUCCGCGGCCUGCCGCGCAGAUACUCUACGUGUGUCCUCGCGAGACAAGCUCACCGAAAUGGCCGCCUCCAGUCAAGGAAACUUUGAGGGAAAUUUUGAGUCACUGGACCUUGCGGAAUUUGCUAAGAAGCAGCCAUGGUGGCCUAAGCUGUUCGGGCAGGAAUCUGGACCUUCAGCAGAAAAGUACAGCGUGGCAACCCAGCUGUUCAUUGGAGGUGUCACUGGAUGGUGCACGGGUUUCAUAUUCCAGAAGGUCGGAAAGUUGGCUGCAACAGCUGUGGGAGGUGGAUUUUUUCUCUUUCAGCUUGCAAACCAUACUGGGUACAUCAAAGUUGACUGGCAACGAGUGGAGAAGGACAUGAAGAAAGCCAAAGAGCAGCUGAAGAUCCGUAAGAGCAAUCAGAUACCUAUUGAGGUCAGGAGCAAAGCUGAAGAGGUGGUGUCAUUUGUGAAGAAGAAUGUUCUAGUGACUGGGGGAUUUUUCGGAGGUUUUCUGCUUGGCAUGGCAUCCUAAGGCAGAUGACCUCAUGUUCAUUGUUCCUGUUUUUUUCCAGGCAGCAGCCUCUACACUCCAUCAUAGGACAUCGAGUCCCUCCUCCUCUUCUCCCAUGCCUUCCUCCCUGCCAUGGCAAAUCCGAGUGGCUUCUAUAAGCAUCUGCUGGUACAAGUUAAUGUGGCACCAUGAGCUUGAUGGUGGCAGAAGAGGCAACAGUCCUUAGCUCUCCUCCCAGGACACCCCUUACUUGGUCAGUCUGUGGGUCAACAAGAAGGUUCCUUUACCCCUAUGCAAGACACUUAUGAGAACACAUUGCAAGAUGGCUGACCGUGGAGGAUGAGUGGAUCCUGAAAGCUUGUCCCAAACUGUUGAUUUGAAAAAAAAAUAAGCACAUAACCUUAUUGUGUGCUGCAUGGAAAGGAACUGAAUACAUUUUCCUUCAAGCAUGAAAAAAAAAAAAAAAAAGAAAGGGUCCCUUUGAGUUUGUAUGUUCAAUCAGCAGGGAUAGCGUUUCCAUUUCUACCCUCCACGAUGACCAGACAAAGGGCAGGAAAUUAUCUAUUGAGUGUAUUUCUGAUAGGACUUUCAGAUACUAACUGGGGCCACGAGGUAUUGGAAUUGCAUCUCUGCCAUGGUUUUAUGAGAUUGUGGGGUGAUCAGGUGUCUGCCAAGUAUUAAACUACCGUAGGGAACAGAAUGAGGGGAGGAGAGAAGGAGGAAAGUGAGGGAGGAAAAGCAAGGAAAUGGCAAAGUUUAAACGAAAAUUUUUUUUGAGAGCCAAAGCACUCAACAGGUUUUUGUUUGAUCUUCACCAACAUUUGUAAAGAAAUAUAGAAGGAAUUUGAUAGCAGACAAGAGCUGUCUAUCAAGAUUAUUUCCUUUGGUAAUUCUUACAGAACUGGCUAUAUUCUUAGCUAGAUAAUUCAUCUAGUUUAAAUAUGCACAAACUACUGGAAAUGAUAGAAUCUUAAAAUCAUGGAUGUAUCCUUAAGGAAGGCUUGUAAGGAUGAGUUAAUUUAUGUAAUUGAAGUAUAGGGUAGCCACUCCAAGAAGCCAUUAAAAAAUUAAUGACAUAUUUUCAUUUUUACCUGA